AACUAUAAUGUUGUAUGACAUUCAUGUCACUUUUAGAAAUGAAGUGAUUAUGUAUAUCGUUUAAUUUAGAUAAAUUUAUUUUUAUAUUUUAUUUUACAGAGUAUGUAUGUAAAUAAUGGACAAUAAAGAUGCUCCUCCUAAACACUUUGAUGAGGCGAUUGAAUAUGACCCAGCGUGCGACAAGUUAAAACCUGUAAAAGUUAGUUUUGAAGAUAUUUCGGGUGCAGCGUUCAGGAUCCAAGAUGGAAUUAUAAAAACUCCUUGUGAAAAGUCGCAUCUUAUGUCUGACUGCUUUGGUAUGGAUAUCUAUUUCAAAUGCGAAUUCUUGCAACUAACGGGAAGUUUCAAAGAACGUGGGGCUCGUAACACACUACUGCAACUUACGCCCGAGGCCAAGAAAGCUGGUGUUAUAUCAGCAUCGCUUGGCAACCACUCCCAGGGCAUCAGUUUCCACGGCAACUUGCUGAACGUGCCUGUCACUGUGGUUAUGCCUACUGUAGCGCCGAUUAUGAAAAUCCAAAAGUGUCAAGGAUACGGCGCAGAAGUAAUCGUGCAUGGACUUAAUAUGAGGGAAGCGAAGUAUCGUGCGAUGGAGAUAGCUAAGGAAAAGGGAAUUACUUAUGUGAACGGCUACGACCACCCUCACAUAAUAGCAGGGCAGGGCACUGUGGGCCUCGAGAUCAUAGAACAGGUGCCGGACUUGGACGCAGUGCUGGUGCCGGUGGGGGGUGCAGGGCUCCUGGCAGGCGUCGCGGUUGCUAUCAAACAUGUCAAGCCUCAUGUCCUCGUGUAUGGCGUAGAAACCAAUAAAUGUGCAAGCAUGCAAGAAGCCGUCAAGUACAACGAGCCGACGCCCAUCACCAUCACGUCGACGCUGGCGGACGGCCUGGCCGUCGCGACGGUCGGCUACAACGCCUACUUCACUGCGAGGCCUGUCACCGACAAAGUAAUUACAGUGAAGGAGGAUUGGCUGGCUCGCGCCAUUUUGCGGCUGGUGGAGCAGCAGAAGUUCGUGGUGGAGGGGGGCGGUGCGGUCGGCGUGGCGGCCAUCAUGGCGGGGCUCGUGCCCGAACUCGCCGACAAGAAAGUGGUUUGCAUCCUGACAGGAGGCAACAUCGACACCUCACUGCUGGGGCGAGUGCUGGACCGCGGGCUGGCGGCCGAGCACCGCUUCGUGAAGUUCAAGGUGACCAUCAGCGACCGGCCCGGCGGCCUCGCCGAGCUGUGCAGGAUCAUCGCCUCCAUUGGCGUAUCCAUCAAAGACAUCUUGCAGGAACGCGCUUGGAUCUUUGGAGAUAUCUUUAGUGUUGAAGCGAAAGUGGUGUGCGAAACAAGAGGCGCGGAGCAUAUUCAAGAACUAAGAGACCUGAUAUGCCAGCACUUCAAGGAGUAUGUUUUCGCAGAGUACGACGAAGACAAGAAAUUGGGCCGCCACCAGUGCACCUUCCCAAUACCUGAUGUACAAAACACCUCCAAAAGUUGAAAUAUCAUUCCGUUAUGGCUAGAAUAUGUAUGGUAAAUUAUUUCUCGCGAUUAUGUCGUCGAUCGAGUAUUUAUUGUUGUGAUAUUUGAAUCUGUGAUAUGUAUUUGAUAGUCAUGUUAAUAAAACUAAAAUAGACGGA